GGUGUGAAUUUGGACAUUUUGAUCUCGUCAUCUUUAUUUGUAUAAGUAUAAAUAUCUAAAAUGUUUUGCAUUGCCAUUUGCAUCAUGCACUGAAGUAAAAUUUUUGAUGUAGACAACAUUUCCCAUUCUGCCUUUCAAGAGAACGAAUGACAGAUCAUUGAUGGCUUCUUCAAUGGAAGACAACGCAGCUCAAGCUAUGACCUUCAUUGUUUCAGUUACAGUUGUCUUUGUAGUUGGAAUAAUCGUACAUGUAUUUGUCAUAGUUGGAAACAUCGUUGCCUGGAUGAAAGGAAGACCACUAGCUUCUACUGACCAGAUUAUCACCUCUCUCGAGAUAUCAAGAGUCAUCUUCCUGUUGACCUGCAUGUUUGAUGGUGCUUCCAAGCUUUUAUUGAAAAAGGCAGUAGUUAUUACCAUUCUUUUUCAUUUUGUCCGGAUCACUUCCAACCACUCCUGUGUGUGGUUUUUGGCUCUCCUCUCUGUAGUCUUCUGCUUAAAGAUCUCCAACUUUCACAAUGUUUUCUUUCAAUGUCUGAGGACCAUCAUAUCUACAAGAGUCAUCCAUCUGAUUGUUGGUUCGGUGUUGAUAUCUGCCAGUCAAGCCUCAUUGAAUGUCUGGAUCACUCAUUUUGAAUUUUCAAACAAUUAUACUUUUGAUUUUACUCUUGAUUUCACCCGUCCAAAAGUUCAAAUGUUCUUUCUGUGGAAUACCAUGCCAUUCCUAAUCUACCUUUUGGCGGCUGUUCCUCUCAUUGCCUAUCUCAGUUUCCAUGCCAGAAGAAUGAAACGUGAAGCAAAAGUGACUCACCUGGAUUCCUACUACAAGGCCAUAUGGUUUACAACCAUCUCUUUCUUCAGCUGUGCAAUCCAUAUUUUUAUCAAUGUUAAUCCAGCCUAUUAUUCGUCUUCUUUUAUUUAUGUCAUACUAAAUUUUCUUCCAAUUCUUCAUUCUAUUUUCCUGAUCCUUGCAAUGAACAAACUUAAAAAUCAGUUGUCCUGGAUUAUUCAACAAGUAACCAAUUUUUGGUCUGUUAUUAGAGCUUCUGGAACCAGUUUUUGAGAUCUGGUUGUGACUGUCAUUAAAGAUUUAUGGGCCGGCCAGGAGGCUGAUUUCUAAUGCCGCGUACACACGAUAAUUUUUCGGGUUGUAAAAAACUAAGUUUUUAAAAAAUGUAAUU